GCAAAAGUAUUGUGCCUGGUGAGAAGACCAAGGCAUUGGUUCUUCAUGUGGAUGCCCUCACAUCCAGGAUAUACGUUUCACUUCAGGAAGAACUGUUAAAGCGAAGAGCCAAGCAACGACUCAUGCAGAACUCCCAGCACUCUGCCAUCGUUCAGCACGUAGCAGAAGAGUUUGCCAUCGUGUCUUUGUUGGAAACAGGGCAGCUGGCAGCUGUCCCCAUAGCCUCUCAUCUCAAUGACACCUUCCGCUUUGACUCAGAAAAACUAAAGGUGGGACAAACAAUCUGUGCAACCAUAAAAGUUAGGAAGGUGAAUGACCAUGGAGUCUUGUUAGCAGUGCGAGGCCCAGCAAAGAAGAAUGUUUUUGUAAGGGUCCGGAACGAAUCUGAGACGGCAUUAGAAGAGAUGCUUGCUGCUGUGAAACACUCGCUUUCCCUGGGGGAUAUUGUUACCGGUACUGUUAAAUCUGUCAAACCAACCCAUGUCACUGUUGCUAUAGACGACAAGCUGACAGGUUCAAUCCAUGCAUCCCGGAUUCUGGAUGAAGUAUCCAUAGGCUCUUUUCCAACGUUUACUCUGAAAGCUGGACAGAAGGUGACAGCCCGAGUCAUUGGAGGCAGAGAUGUGAAUACUCACAGGUGCCUGCCCAUCACCCAUCCACACUUCAAGCGGUCCAUUCCAGAGCUCAGCAUUCGCCCAAGUGAAAUAGAAGGGGAAGUCACAACAAUGCUGAACCUUGAAGAAGACGAUGCCCUCAAGAAACUUGGACUCUACAGUGUUGGACAGACAAUCACCUGUUUUGUGAAAAAGUACAACAUCCUCAAAAAUUGGCUGGAGGUAGAAGUCACCCCUGACAUUCGAGGAAGAGUUCCUCAUCUGCUGCUGUCUCUGAGCACCAAGGUCUUAAAACAUCCAGAAAAGAGCUUCAAAAAUGGCCAAGCAAUAUCAGCUACAGUGACUGGAACAGAUGUCACCAAAACAAACCUCUUCUUAUCACUCACAGGAAUUCAGUCACUGGAGCAGGGCACCAUCACUGUAGGCAUGGUAACAAAGGUGGCCCCACACAUUGGUUUGACCGUUGCGCUGCCAGGUAGGAAGACUGGCAAAAUCAGCAUCUUUCACCUGAAUGAUACUUAUGUGGAGAACCCGCUGGGUGACUUCAAAGUUGGCAAGAUUGUCAGGUGUUACAUCCUCUCCAAUGAGAAUGGCAAAAUCCAGUUAUCUCUCAGGCAGUCCCGGCUAAACCCAAAGAGCAACAGCAAAGUGGAAGAUGUUGAAAUAACAUGUAUUAAGGAUGUUAAAAAAGGCCAGCUAGUGAGGGGCUAUGUCAAAUCAGUCACUUCAUCAGGUGUAUUCUUUGGAUUGUCCACUUCUCUUUUGGGCCGAAUCCUGUUCCAGAAUGUUUCCCCUUACUUUGUACAGAAGCACUCCUUAUAUGAAAAGUACCUGCCGGAAGGAAAGCUGCUCACUGCCAAGGUGCUUGGUAUAAAUGGAAAAUCAAAACAUAUUGAGCUCUCUCUCCUGCCUGAGGACACCGGGAUGCCAAGCAUCUUGCCUGAAUCCCUAGGCCUGCCACGAUAUGAUACAGAAGAGAAAAGAGUGGCAGAUAAGAGGGAGAAGAGAGAAGAGCUUAAGCUGAAGACAAAACGGAGGAGAGGACGCUCUGAAAGUGAGCAGGAGGCAAAGCCAAAAAAACCAAAGCUCUGCCCAGCAGAUGAAAAUGACAGUGGAGUUGAGGUAUAUUACCGGGAGGAGGACGAGGAAGAUGACCAGGAGGAAGAGACAGCUAAAAAGAAAUCUAAGAUACGGAAACCUAGUGAAGCUCCCAGGUUGCAGGUUUCCAUGGGCUUCACCUGGGAUGAGGACUUGAAUGCAAUUGAUAUACCUGUGCUGAAUCAGAAGGGAGAGAGCUCGGAGAGCGAGGAGGAGGAUGAUCCGCAGUCGAAGCUGAAGAAACAAACAAAGAAGGAGAAGGAGCUAGAGAAGCAGAAGAAGGAGAAGGAGCUCUGCAAAUUGGAGGCAGCUCUGAUGGACCCCAAUCGCCAGCCCCAGUCAGCAGAUGACUUUGACCGCCUGGUGCUGAGCAGUCCCAACAGCUCCAUCCUCUGGCUACAAUACAUGGCUUUCCACCUCCAGGCUACCGAGAUUGAGAAGGCCAGAGCUGUGGCAGAGAGAGCACUUAAAACAAUCUGCUUCAGGGAAGAACAGGAGAAGCUGAAUGUCUGGGUAGCUCUGCUGAACUUGGAGAACAUGUAUGGUAGUGAGGAGACACUGAUGAAGGUCUUUGAGAGGGCUGUUCAGUACAACGAACCUCUGAAAGUCUUCCAGCAUCUCUGUGACAUCUAUGACAAUUCUGAGAAGUACAAGCAAGCAGAAGAAUUGUACCACACUAUGCUGAAGCGUUUCCGCCAGGAGAAGUCUGUGUGGCUGAAAUACGCCUCUUUCCUCCUGAAGCAAGGCCAGACUGAGGCUACGCACAGGCUUUUGGAGCGUGCUCUCAAGGCUUUGCCCACCAAAGAACAUGUGGAUGUAAUUUCAAGGUUUGCACAGCUGGAGUUCCGUUUUGGGGAUGCAGAACAUGCCAAGGCCCUCUUCGAGAGCAUCCUCAACAGCUAUCCCAAGCGGACAGACAUCUGGUCCAUCUACAUGGACAUCAUGAUCAAACAUGGCAGCCAGAAGGAAGUACGGGACAUCUUUGAGAGAGUCAUACACCUCAGCUUGGCACCAAAGAAGAUGAAAUUCUUCUUUAAGCGCUACCUGGAUUAUGAGAAGAAAUUUGGUACAUCAGAAACUGUCCUGGCUGUUAAAAGAGCAGCGCUUGAGUACGUCGAGACCAAGAGUUCCCUUGUUGACACCUGAGUACGGCACGAGUGAAAACAGAGAGACUCGGCUCUCCAUGCAGUGUGGGAACUGAGGGGUGUGGAGUUCCACCGUGAGUACCCAUGGACAGGGAGUUUCUGGAGACUGUUGCUCUAGUACCAAACCAGACUGGAAAGAACGAACAGUCUAAGAAAAAUAUUUGAUACGUGUUUGCAGCUUUGUCCAGAUGUUACAGAUAAUCCUAGGCUGUUGAUGACUUUGAAGACACGUUUUUAAAUACAGACUGUUUUAUAACCAA